AUGCCUAAGGCAGAGGUGGGAACUCCAAAAUGGCUGGCAAACAAAAUGAGAGCCAAAGGUCUUCAAAAGUUAAAAUGGUACUGCCAAAUGUGUGAAAAGCAGUGUAGAGAUGAAAAUGGCUUUAAGUGUCACCGAUUGUCUGAAGGGCAUCAAAGGCAAAUGCAAGUUUUUUGCUCCAAUGCCCAUAGAUUCAUGGAUAGUUUUUCUAAAACAUUUGAGCACUCAUUUAUGCAAUUAAUGAGGACAAGAUAUUGUAGAACCAGGGUAUUGGCUAAUACUGUUUAUCAAGAACUUAUUUCUGAUAAACAACAUGUUCAUAUGAAUGCCACAAUCUGGGUCACUUUGUCUGAAUUUGUACUGUACUUGGGUAGACAGGGGAAGUGUAAAGUUGAACAUACGCCAAAAGGUUGGUAUCUAGAAUAUAUUGAUCAGGAAAAAAUUAAGAGAGAAAAAGACACAGAAGAUAGGGAAAAGAAUAGAAUGUCGCUUGAACAAAGGCAUCAAAUUCUUAUCAACAAGUUGAUACGAGAAUCCAAGUCCGUCAAAGGGGGGUAUAAAGAACCUGAAUACACUAAUAUGAAAAAAAACAAUGAAAAUGUCGUUAUUCGGAUAGAUGAUAAGGAAAAGAGGAGUGAAAAUCCUAAGGUAUAUGUUAAAAAUAACGUUUUUUCUGAAAAAUAUGAAAAGGGAUCGGUUAAAAAAGUCUUCACUGAUAAGCAUGAACCAAAGAGUGUAAUGGAAAAAUUAGCUUCAAAAGGGCCGCUAUUAAAAAGGCCUCUUGAAUCAAAAAACGAUUUAUUGAUACAAACCGGUAUUGUAGUUAAGGUUCUUUCUAAGGAUAAAAAUCAUGGAAAAAAAUGUCGAGUCAUAAACGUAAAUGAGAAAAGAUAUGUUUGCAAUAAUUUAGUGCAACUGCGAUGUUGGAAUCUGAUGGUGAUAAAUUCUCUCUUCCCAUUAAAGAAUUGA